AUGGAAUGCCUCUGGACCCAACAGACAAGUAUCGCGGCCACCAAAAGUAAGCGGGGUUACAGAUGGCACCCAAAGUAAGUUAUUUUCCGCAGGUGUAUCUGUAUAAUAGGUGUUACAUAAGUACUUUACCGAGAAGGUAGAAAGUAAAAUGAAACUACAGUAAAUGGCAGGAAAAAAAAUACGCUUAUUAGGUUACCCUAACCAUCAGGCCGUGGGCGAAGCGGUCGUUUGUGCACCUAGUAUGUUAAAAGUUUGUUUUAAUAUGCUCCCCCACGAGUUCCCCCUCAGCUAUGCUGACCAAUGCAUAGCAGUCAGUGUUAGCUUGUGCCUACGUAAUUUCAUUCAAUAACGCUUAAUGAAUUUUUCUUUGACAAUAUUAUUUUACAGGAUCAUCAGAUUGUGCAUUGACCUGUAUUGUAAGAACCCCCACGUCCUUGACCCCCUUAGGAAAUUUAUCAUUCUUCCAAGCAACCGCACUAUCAGGUAACCUUGUUUGUGGCAUAUCAUUUGACACGACCACACUUGACCUUUUACAUUUAAAGAUGAUCUCAUAAUGAAAACGUUGAACAUGUUUACCUUUUAAUUUAGAAAAAUCAAAUUAAAUGAAAAGCCAUGUUCAAUAAUUUCACAGACUCUAUAAGAACAAAGUAGAAGAAAAACCUGGCUGGAACGAUCAAGCGCUAAAAUGGUGCCUGGAGACUGCACAAGAGAAAAAUCUCAGGGAGGAGGAUUACUGGGGAGGCUUUGUGAUAGACGAAAUGAAAAUUCAGGUUUGUAUCGGAAAAAAACUUAUCUGCUAUAUUACUAAAUCGGUAUGUUGGAUCGCUCACACAGCCAGAAGGAUUUUGACCGACAGGUUACGUGGCCUGGGAUAGCCUGUAUAUAUGAAAUACUUCUUUCAAGUGCAUUAUUCACAGUGAGUCAUUCACUUUCAGCUUGUUAUUUCCGUCUGUGAGCAACACAAUCUUAAUUUUAGAACAAAGAGUCAUUGCUUUCUAAAACCAACAUUUGAGAAAAAAACAAACACAGGAAUUCCAACACGAACUUUUGCUUAUUAGCAAGUAAUAUUAAACAAUUUUUUUGCUUUGAUAUUACAAUUAGGAGAGCCUAGAAAUGGUAGUAAAGCAUGGAAAGCACAGGCUAGUUGGAUUUGUUGACCUUGGAGAGGGCCAUGAUCUAAUGACAAGCCUAUCUGGUAUGUUGUAUUUUUAAACUAUUUUGGAAACUGAUUAAAACUUUACCUGGUAUCAAACCCUAAUUUAAUUAUUACUUUGGCUAUUUGUUUUUUUUAGGUAAAACUGAACCACAGUUGGCCACUAAUGUCUUGCAAUUCAUUUUCACAAGUGACAGUGGAUUUCGCUUUCCUGUUGCACAGUUCGCAUCUGGUGAAUGCUCCCCGAGCGAUCUUUAUUUUAACUUCUGGAAAGGCGUCAGGAAAAUGCUGGAGUUUGGUUUCGUGUAAGCUGCGGACUUGUGAUGUUUCCUGACAUAUAUGCAUGCCUCUAGCAUCCUAGAACAACAUAACAGUACAUUAAAUUAUCAUUUUUUAGAACGACAUGCAUUAAUAGGAUAGUGAAAUAUUGAUGACAAUUUUAAAACAACAAAUGGGGUUGAGCAAUCCAGCCAAUUCAUGUAAUUGAUGACAGCCAAUUUGAAUUGCUUUGGAGCACUCUAAAAUCUUGACCCACUUAUAAGAAAAGAUCCUAGCCACAUCUUAUCAGAAUUAAAACUGAACUUACCACUUUCUUUCCGAGUUUAAUGUCCUUAUCUGGAGAUUCCGGAAUCGAUGCAACCAAUAUAUGAAAAUAAUUAUAAUAGUAACAGGCAUUCAGAAAAAAAAGUCAGGCCCAAGUUAGCAUGGCUGUGCUCUAAGAAAGAAGUUCAGGCAUGUAAGUGAAUCCCAGGAUGCUCAACUUAUAAUUUUUUCUUUUUUUGGAUUACAUUAGCACCAUCUGAAUCAACAUGUUCUACAUUUUUUAUGAAUCAUAGCAGGGCACUCUUCUUGGAAUUACAUCUUGAAAAUGCUUUCCAAGGUGCUAAUGUCAAAGAUAGUAAAUAUAAACUAUUUUUCAUUGAAUUUGGGCAAAUUACCCACAACCAAAACAUUCACUAACUAUAAAACACAGCUAUGAUAACAAAUUAGAUUUCAACUCCAAUCUAAAAAAUUGUCUUUCUAAUUCUUUCUGUCCACUUCAGGAUAUAUUGGACUAUUAUGGAUGGAGCAGACUGCAACAGACAGUUUAUCAAAAUGCACUUUAGAGGAAGGGAUCCUGUGAAGGAUAAGUUUAUAACUUCAAACAUCCACACUGGAACACCAAUGGUUUUUGUCAUGGAUCCAAAGGUAGAUUUGGGCACAAAAUUUAUUCCUCUCCAAAGAUAUAGCAACAAUCUAUACUUUACUAUUUUUCAAAGUCAAUUUCAACCAGAAAGAAUCAACCAAGGCUAUGUGUAUAGUAAAACUAAAUGGCUACAAAGUGAAUAACAUUUUGAAACUAGGUUCUUAAUGUGUUACAUUUUCCCUCACUUGGGAAAAGUAUGUCGUUUGUAGGGCUUAUUUAUAAAGAGGUUUGUUACAAUGAGGUUGAACUUUUAAAAUUACAUUGACAUGUACUGUGGUCCUUAUACAUAUUAAUUGAUUUUUUCUCUCAGCUCAACAUAAAGAAGAUCAGGAACAAUAUAGAAAAGAGCAAUGCAAGUGGUAAACCCCGAUGUCUCAUGAUAAGGGGCAAGAAUGUGACCUGGCAGUAUUUCAAAGAUGCCUUCAACUGGGAUCAGAAGUCCUUCACUCUUCCUCUGCAUGAAAAGUUAACUGACCAACAUUUCAAUCUUGACCCAGCCUCAAAAAUGAGAAGUCAUUUAGCCGAAGAUGUACUUGACGAUAAGAUGCUAUUUUUAAUGCAGGUGAAAGACAGUUCAAACCUAAGCUUUGAUUUACGUGCCAUUAUUAGGUGAGAUUUGCAGAGCAGUUUCCUAUUGGAAAUACUGUAAUUGCUACAAGCUGUUGAAGUGACUGAAGGUGCGUAGUUUGUCAAGACACGACAUUGAAAUGAACCCUCUCAGAAAGAAAUAACCCACAAUUAAUGAAAAAACUAUAUCAAUUAAAAAACUAUAUCAACAUAUAUUAAUCAACAAAAUCAGGAUGAAAUUUCUUACGAAGUUAAAAUAUUGUUGUAUCAAUCUUUUGAAUUAAUAAACAUUUGAAGGUUUCCUUUUCUAUGAUGAUUAUUUCAACAGAAAUACCAAGAGAACAUGAUUGGACAAGGAAAAGACAGCUCUCACCUCGACAGCACAAUAUCAUUGUUGGUUCAUACAUCCAAACUGGUUAAUCUUUUUAGUGACAAACUAGUGAUCAGAUCAAAUGGAGAUCCUCGCCUUGGACAACUUAAUCAUUUUCACAAAUUUAUGAAUGAUUGGAGAAGUGAAAGCUCAGAAAACAACAAUCAAUUUGUUUCUUCCAAACUAUGGUUUGACUUGCAAUCUAUGUGCCUGGGUUUUGGUUCCAUGGUUGCAGUGAAACAAGCACAAUUUCCACAAUCCAUAAUUAAACCUGCAAUAGUCUACCAGGAUGGUGUAGAAAAUCACUUUUGUCAAGUAUGGUCAUGUAAUGGUCAAAAUAACAAUCCAACCUAUCUGCAACAGGAAUCAACACAGAACUCCAUUCGU